CGUAGGCCUACGCUCUCAUUAUUUUUGUUUGUGUAUCUCAUUUCUUUGACAAUAUGGAGAGUGAGAAAGUGGCAUCGCGUGUUGGCAAUGCUGAAGACGACCUCCAAGAAGAGGAGAAAAUUGAGAUGUUUUUCUCCCUGAUUAGAAGUUUUCACGAAGCGCGUAAUCGUAGAAGAGAAAACUUAAAUGGAUUGGAAGAAAAGGGGAAUAAGAAGAAAAAAAUAAGGCGGACUGAUAAUAGACAAGAAGAACAAUCAAGCUGGAUUCCGUCUUUUGAAUGGCAGGAUUUCACAGAAGAUAUCGAAUUUAGAAGGUCACCUAUAAUUUUUCCCAGCCCCUGUAACAAGAAAGAAGAAAAGAAACAAGUUGAGGAAGAUGGUUUAGACCUUAAACUCGCCCUUUAAUGUAUUGCCCCUAUUGUUGAUAUUUAUGAAAUAUUAACGAAUCAUUUAAUUGCUUCAUUUUUGGUUUGUUCUGAUGUUUUUAUGAUUGAGAGGUUUUGAAAAAUCACAAGAAAAACGAAUGUCCAUCUGUUUGACAAAAAAAAAAAAAACCCAGAAAAGAUUUGAUUGAAGCAGUUGGUGGGGAAGAGUGACGGGAUGCUUCAGGAAGCAGAAAAACUGAUAUUCGUUGCCACAGAAAAUUAUAGAGGACCCAGUAUUAAGAUUUUUUAAUGAAUAGUGUUGUGUUUAGAUUUUCAAAUUCGUGUUUUCGUAAGUACA